AUUUCUUUUCCUGGGCCAUCGACAAAUCAUUCUUUAACCAACGACGACGUUUUCUUCUUCCAAAAUCUCUUUCUUCGACCUUCAUUGUCGCCCUUAUUGCAGAAAAAUCAGCUGUUUUUAAAAUAUAACAUCACCUGCUGCUCUCCCUGUAAGAAUUUCAGUAUAAGAAUUUGAUAACCUCAACAGUUUUAUUGAUUCAUCUGCGUUUUUAUAACAUACCUUCUAUUUCUUAUACCUAAGGUUUUGCAAAACAGUAUUUAGUAGAUGAACUUUAUGAUAUUAUUACUGUAAUAGGGAAUGGUUUGAAGGAUUUGCAAUAAUCAUAAUAGAGACAACACACACUUGGCAACGAAAAUACUAAGGUGGAAAGUAGGGCAGCAGGGAGUGUGAUUAGUAAUGAUCUGACGAACAAGCUGGGCAGAUUCCCCAUGCCCAAAGAUAUAGCCCCUUCAUCAUGUAAAAAGACAAGAGGGUGUUGCUACCCGAAGGUUGUGAGUUCGAGUCACCAAGGGAGCAAAUGGGGUGGGAGCUCUUACGGAGGGGUUAAAAAGAAAAAGAAAAAAGGAAGAACCACAAAGUUGUGAAUUGACGGAGCAACUAGCUGCUUGGGAUUAUCAAACAAAUAAUCAAGGGGUAAGGAAAAGAACAAUGGGCCGAAAGACGUCGAAAAAGCAUGCUGGAGUUAAUGUUGACCAUACUGUUGAAAGUGUGUCUGGAGGAAAUGUCGAUGAUAAUGGUAGACCUCGCAAGGACAAUAAGACAACCCGUGUCCAACAGACAUCAUUUGUCAGAAAGCAGAUUGAUCCCGAGACUGCAAAAUACUUUGCGGAGAUUGCAAAUGCCAUAGAAGGUACAGAAAUUGAACUAGAGGAGUGAUAUGUCAUUUUUGGAAAUGCCUUGGAAGAAACCAGAGGGAAAGAAGCAGAACUUGCAACUGAUUAUAUAAUAAGCCAUACUUUGCAAACUCUACUUGAAGGCUGUUCUUUGGAUCACCUUUGUAGUUUCCUUAAGAGCUGUGCAAAGAAUUUCUCUCAUUUUGCAGCUGAUAGAUCUGGCUCUCAUGUGGUUGAAACAGCUUUAAAAUCUGUAUCUUUUCACCUUCAGGAUAAUGAGAAUCAUUCUCUGAUUGAAAAGGCUUUGAAAAAAAUCUGUAAGGCAAUUGUUGUCAAUCCUGUUGAUAUAAUGUGCAGUUGCCAUGGAUCUCAUGUGCUUCGGAGUCUUCUCUGCCUAUUUAACGGGGUGCCUUUAGAAGAGUUCCAUUCCACAAAGUCAUCAGCUGGCUUGGCUGAACGCUUGAAUCUGAAGGCGCCGCAUGCAAAAGACAAUGGCUCGAUGCAGUCUCUGAAAAUAUUUCCUAGUUUGCUUAAAAAGUUCAUAUCGGAGAUGUUAAAUGCUGCCAGUGAAGACAUUUUGAAACUUCAAGUUAAUCAAUACAGCAGUUUAGUUCUGCAGACUGCUUUGAAAUUAUUGGUUGGAAGUGAACAGGAGUUGUUGCACUUAAUCCAAGUUCUUCUUGGAAGCUGGUCUGGAAGUGCCACUGCUGGAAGCUUGUUGGAAGAAACAACCAUGCAGAACAUUUUAAGGCUAGUGGAAGAAACUGCAUACAGUCAUUUAAUGGAGGUAAAAUAUCAUCUAUGCCUGUAUAUUUUUCCUCUUUGUAUAUGCUUUUCCAACAGUGUUGUAUAUUGAACUAGUCUAAGAGCUCUUUAGUCAUGGAGUCUAUCUGUAUGCUGCACAUGAUUGUAUUCCAUUUCUGUUAAUGGUAUUAUCAAGAUAGUGAUAGUUCAGUUUAAUUUGAAUUGAGCAAUUGGAUAUUUGCUUUGUCAUAGGACAAUCUCCUGUUAAGAAAAUGGAGCAUCUUCAGCAACUACUAUAGGCGCAUGAACGACAGUUUCCCCCUAUGCUUCAUCACAGUGAUUGUUGUGACCUGUAAAUUGCAGAAACAUCCAUUGGUUAUGAGCCCCCAGUUGUGCAGUUUUGUACAAUACCAUCUGAAUUAGUUGCCUACGUAAGAUAUUUGGCAUAUCAGCCUUCUAUUGCUGCAAUCUAGUAUAUCUACUAGUUGCAGGAUGGCUGAUCGUGUUAUACAAUCCUCUGAAAGAAAAGCUUAGAGCAGAUAUAUUUAUUAAUCCUGGAAGCAUACGUGGUGCUAAUAUAUAUAUCAACAUAGGUUCUUUGUGGUUUGUUAACAUUAUUCCACCAUUUUUUGUA